AUGUCCGCCAUUCAUCCCACAGCGCCCUCAUCCGGGGGACGCGACGUCAAGCCCAGCUGCGGCGAUCAGUGGACGAUCAAGCAGUAUGAAGAAGUCAUCAACAGCUUCCUUCGCGAAAUUUCCUUCACCCCGCCUCACGGAGGUCCCGAUCUGGACUUGGUGAGCGCGGUCAGGAACCGCAUGGAGUCCCAGGGCGUGUCUCCCGCCACCCUCGCCGUAGUCAGACAGUGCAUCGAGACGGGCGCAAGGAUCAGCUCGAAGACGUAUUCCUAUCUCUCACCCGCCAUGCAGGAGAUCAUUGCGACGUAUGCUGCGUACGUCAUCAGCAUUGACGACUUGACGGCCGAAAUCACGAGCGACCUGGAGUCGUAUACCGCUGCGUUGAUGUGCGGCAAGAUGCAGCGGCAUACGUUGCUUCAGGGGUUCACGAACCACUUGUCUGACCAGUGUGAGAUAUUCGGGCCUUUUGGUGGCGACAUGAUUGUGAAGGGUAGCUUGGAAUUUCUCUCGUCAGCAGUGGUGGAGACUCGAGAAACUGAACCCAUGUUUCUGCCAGAGGGAGCCUCGGACUACCUGGUAUACUUCAGGGCCAAAACUGGCGUCGCGGAGCCGUUUGCCUUCUUUUGCUUUCCCGAGGAUGUUUACCCGGAGGCGACUUGCUUGGAAACGUACUCGAAGGCGAUCCCAAGCAUCAUGCUCAUCUUGGGCUACGUCAACGAUGUCUUUUCCUUCUACAAAGAGGAGGCAAGUCCCGGUGACGCCGCCGGGUUCAUUCGCAGCUACUCAAAGUUUUACAACAUCAGCUUGAUCCAGUCGCUGCGCCGCAUCACCAACGAGACGCUCAGAGUGGUGCAGCAGCUGAGGGACAUUUGCGUGGGCCAUGGUCGGCUCUCGGAACACAUGGAGAGGUUUGUUCAGGGGUAUAUUUGGUAUCAUCUGACGUCUAGCCGUUACAAACUGUCCGAACUCGACAUUUUGACUUUGCAAGUCAAACGGCAUUGA